AUGGACGACUCUUCAACUAGGAGCCAUGUUUCUGAGGGGAAUCGGCUGGGCUAUGUAAGAAGUGAAUCCAUGGAUUCCGAUGGCCAUCCUUCGGCUGCUAGGUCAGGCUCACUGCUAAGCAGGAGAAGUAGCAGGCCCAGUUCAAGGGGAUCCAUUAGCCUCUCUCGCGAGAUGGGCGACUCGAUCCUCAACUCAAUGAGGCAUUCCCUUCAGUCAGCAGACCAGUUGCUAGGUGAUGCUGAUGGCUCGGCUUUGGCUCAGGUCAUUGACAGUGGUGACCGAGUGCUAGCCUUGGAAGAUGAGGAUGAUGAAGAUACGGCAAAUACAUUGGAUCAACAUAAGUUCGGUCCUGUCCGAGAUAAUCGAAUCCAUGGCUACAGCUCACAUGGCACAGGUCUGCCAGCACCUGAGUCUUCUGUGGAGCCAAAGGGCGAGAGCUCAUCAGGCAAGGUUGAAGAAUAUAUGCUUUCUCGGAGGCUAGAUUACGCUUCUUACCUGAUCCAUUUAGCUGCCUUUGGGUUAUUUGGGGUAGUAUUUACAAGGUAUGGGCUCCAAAAGCUGUUCGGCCCAGGCUGCCUGGCACUCACCUCCAACCAAAGCCCGUUGUACCUUGAUCUUCCAUCAAACAUGCUAGGAUCCUUCCUGAUGGCCUGGUUUGGGAUCAUCUUUAAGACUGACAUUCGGCACAUAUCUGAACAUCUCAUUGUUGGAAUCACAACCGGAUACAUGGGAAGCCUUACUACCUUCAGUGGGUGGAAUCAAGCGAUGGUUAGCAUGUCUUCCAAAGACCAUUGGGCAUAUGCCAUAGCUGGCAUAGUAUUAGGAAUGUUCAUCGUCAAUGAGUCCAUCAGGGUGGGCGCCGAAACAGGUGAGCGCCUACGAAGCUGGAUCUUGAAAUGCAUCAAGGAAAAUAGUUCAAUAGGAAGCAAAUGUAACUGGGAGCACCUGAAAGUCAACACUAGGACUAAACAUUUUGUGCUUAUAGCAGUUAUGAUGAUUUUGCUUUCUUUUGUGUGGGUUCUGAGCAUCAUGUUGGCCAUAAUAAAGGUGCGCAAUCUUGAUGAUGGCGCUGUACUAUGGUUGGGGUGCUCGGUUGCGCCUCCGGGCGUUUGGUUACGCUGGUACUUGGCAAGGCUCAAUGGCCAGGGAAUCGGCAAACAGAGAUCCCUCAAAUGGCUGCCCAUCGGGACACUUGUAGCCAAUGUUCUUGCUGCGGGUAUCAUGGCAUCACUGGCCGUGACUGCCAAAGCGGUGAAUACAAAGCGUUCGACAACUGUUCUUAAUGGCAUACAGUUUGGUUUCCUCGGCUGCUUGAGCACAGUGUCUACUUUUGCUGCUGAAAUCUACGCUAUGCGAAGCAGCAGACAGAUUGGUAGGGCCUUUGUCUAUGCUGCAGCGACCUUCGUGCUCUCUUUCGUGCUGGGAACUCUGGUGUACUCUGUGCCAGUAUGGGUCAACCAUUACCAAUAG